CUUGGAGGAGCAGACAGUGCUGCUGAAGGUGUUCAGCCUGCCCUGGGUGCUGGCACUGGGGUCCUUCCUGCUGCAGGAGAAGGGGCAAGUGAAGGGGUUGGUGAUGUGGGGUCCACAGGGCAGUCCCAGGCUCCUACUGGAAUGGGACCAGCUGGUUCAGAAAGCCUUGAUGGAGAAACAGGAGGUGUGUUGCAGUCUGCAUCUUCUUCCUCGUCUACAGAGGGGUCUUCAUCACCUGGGAGGACAGGUGAGGCUGCUGCUGAAUCAGGCCUUCCUGGAGCUGCUGGUGGCUUGAACACAGGCUUGCAGGCUGCUGGCCCUCAAGAAGCCUCUGAGUCUGCCCCUGGCACCCAAAGUGGUGCCAAUACUGAACUUUCCAAUGGAAAACUGAGCCCAGUCAAUGUGGUGGAGGUGCCUGGAGGAGCCUCGGUGAAUGGGGGACCUUCCCCUGGUGCCAGCCUGGUCCCAGUGGCUCCAGACAACAGCGGUGUUUCCAGUGGCAUGACCACCUCCGUGGCUGGUUCUCUGCUUCUCCCUGGACAGGGGCUGAGCUCGGGGCUGGCACCCAAUGGGGGCCCCGACUCUGCACCAAGCACCCAGAGUGGGAGCAGCCCCCUGCUGCCAGGGCCACCAGGUGGGCUGCCAGAAGAAGCUGGAAGUUCUCAGUCGUGGUCUCUUGAAGAUGAGGUGGCCUCAGGCAUGCCAGCACCUUUGGGAGGAGCAUCCCCUCAUGCUCCCAUGUCCCCCAACGCCGCCCCAGUGCCACCUUCUGCUCCACAGAGAGGAGUGUCUGCCAGCCCUGGGCUUUCGGCACGUGAGUCGGUAGUGGGGUCCUCUGCAGGGGGAAAGGGAGAGCUGGGGGCUGCUGUGCCAGGGGGGCCUGCCUUGCUGCUGCCUCCCCACCAGCCAGGAAGCCCCGGAGCCCCCUCUGGGGAUGCCAACAGCCCUGUUCCUGGAGAAGGGAGUGCUGUGCUCCAUGGAACUGUGACAGGGCAAGGGGAUGUAAUCCCUCUCCUUCCUGGGGCACAUCUGGAGACUCACUCCCCACCUGGGGGGAGCCCAAGGCUCCCUGGCCUUCCUCCCUCUGGUAUCACUGCUGGCAGUCCAGGAGCAAAAAUCCCGGGGCCAGGACCUGCUGGUGGCUCAUCACCUGCUGCCCUGCAACCGUCCCUGGGCAGGCAGCCGACCACCAGCCUGGCAAACAGAGCCCCUGCCACCUCUGGGUCAAGCUUUUCUGGAGCCUUCCCAGGCCGGGGGGGACCCCAGGGCAGAUCCCCAGCCCCUGCACGCCCAGCCACCUCCUGCAGCCCGGCCCCCGCCGGCCCAGCCCCAGCAGCCCCCCUGCCCAGAGGCAGGGAGCUGCUUCCCAGGCCAGGAGCAGCCUCUGUCACCUCCCGCGCGUCGUCCCCCGUGGUUCCAGCUCCACCAGCAGUGCCAGCGCCUGCCCCAGCCCUGCUGCCCAGCCCUGCAGAUCCAGCUGUGCCCCUCUAUGGGUACGGAGCAAGAGAAAAUGAUCAGGAGUAUGUGGAAAGGAGAGUGGAUUUUAAUUCUCCACUUUUCAAGCCCGAGACUGGAUUCCCAUUUGGGAAAACCUUGCGCAGCUCUCUCUACUUCACAGACAAUGGACAGAUCAUUUUCCCAGCCUCGGACAACAACAUCCCCACGUACCCCAGCCCUCCUCCCAGUGGCUUCAAUGGCCACGAAGAGGUCCCCAUGAUCGCCGUAUUUUGGGACGACGCUGACUUCUCCAGAGGUGUUGGCACCACCUUUUACCAGGAGUUCUCCACCCUCAACACGGCCAAGCCGCCGUUCGUCCGUGACGUGGAAGCCAAGAUCCGGCGGUACCUGAGGUCCUCCUACUCUGCAGUCUGGACCCUGAAAAUCACCUGGGAGAGGGCUCCUGUCCAUGCAGCAAGGACUGACACCCGCAAGACAAUCACGUACCAGGCUGUCCUGACCACUGAUGGCUUCAGGUCCUACAUCCUGAUGCUGUACCAGGACGGAGGCAUGCAGUGGGAUUACACCAGGCUCACUUCCCCCAAUGUGCUCAUCGGCUACACCAGUGGGGAUGGCUUUUACCACAACGAUGACCUGACUAAGAGACCUCCAGCUGCUAAAUACCGCCCUGACCAGUUCAGGGGCUACAACACAGACCUCCGUGGGUUGUGGAUUUACAAGCUGGAGAGCCGCGUGGGCAUCAACUACCGGCUGAAGUGCCUGGCAUGGACAGGGCGGCAGCAGGAGCCCCAGGCAUGGAGCCACGGCCUGCCCACCUGCCCCUGCUCCCUGCAGCAAGGGCAGCAGGACCCACGCUUCAAGAGCAGCUAUGGAGGCAGGUGGGGUGCCCGUGUCUCCAUGCUGCACUCGGCCUCCCCCAACCAGCACGGCGCCGGCGUGCGCUGCCUGUACGACAGCCAGAGCCAGCUCAUCGAGGGGCGCCAGGAGAGGUACUGGAGGAACUCCAGGCAGGCCUCACCCUACCGUGACCAGGAGCUGAAGCUGUAUGACUGGUGCUGCAAUCGGGCGGGCAGUGCCCACCUCUGCGCCCGCUACAGCGAGAAGAGGCCCAAGAUUGGCUGUGAUGGAUACCAGUCAGCCAGCACGGAUUCCUUGGAGGAGGCAGAGUCUGACUCAGAUGAGCAGAUAGAUGGAGAGGACAAGUAACUGGGAGGUUGCACACCUGCAGCACGUUCUGGGCCACGGCUGAUCCUCCAAGCCCUUUGAUCUGCUCUUCCCUCGUGUUCCCCCACAGAACCCAUCACCCCUGCCCACCACGCAGGGCAGCUCACUUGGCCAGUGCCUGCAGCUGCCUGCCCUGGCACAAGUUCACAUUUCUAACCCAGGCUUGUCCCAGGGAUUCAGUUGCUUUCAUUGUCCUUUCCCAAAUGCAGCUGGGGGGCAGAGCUGGUGGGGAGGUGGGCAGGUACCCCCCACUGCACACACCACCCUUGUCCUUCCCACAUCCCACUGUGCUCCCAUGCUGCAGGGUGAGGCUGGACCCCUCGGAAAGGGUUAAACACCACACCUGGGUUAACUGUGGCCAAGCCCUUAAAUACCAGGGUGCACCAGGCUUGUCCUGUGAGCCUGUCCUGUCUUGUCCCCCACUUCUGUUUCCCAGCCAUCCCUCCCUGAGUGGUCCCUGGGCCCUGUGCUCAGGAGAAGGGACAAUUCUCCAGAUCAAGCCAGAAUCAGAUCAAUACGUCUGCUGGGUGUGUGAGGGCAAAAUGCAACCCCAUGAUCAGAAAUGUUGGAUCAAAAAUAAUUUUUUGUGUGUAAGAGAGCAUCUUCCUUUCUAAAAAAAAAAAUAAAUCAUUGUCAAAUCUUGUUUGUUCAAUAA